UUUCCUUCCCUCCUGGCCCCCUGGGAAUGGUAGUCUGAUGUCUGGGCACAUCCUCCCGCUGCUACCGGAAUCGAACUACAUUUCCCACAAUACCCCGAAAAAUGACCGUUCGGGGGCGGUCCUUGAAAAUCAUCCGUUCCCUUUGCCUACUGGCCGUGCCAUACAUUCUCCCCGGCUGCUGGAGCAUUAUGGGGUGGUGGAGGUGUGUGCACUAGCCGGGCCACGCUGAGACCGCUUCCGGGGCGUGGCUACUGCUAUGCUAUUGGGCUGUGGGCACGGGCUGCUCCUCCCCGGGGCCGGCUGCUCUCGCCCGCAGCCACCCGCCUCAGUGUCCGUGAGCACAUCCUGCUCCCGUGGGCCGGGCAGAGCCGGAGCGCGCCGUGCCAGGCCCAGCACUGCCCGCGGGGAUGGGGACAGCGUCCCGCCUGCUGCUCCUCCUCCUCCUCCUCCACAACCUGCUGCUGCUGCUGCCGCCCGGCGCCUUCGGAUUCGCUCCCUCGCUGGACAGCGACUUCACCUUCGCGCUGCCCGCCGGCCGCAAGGAGUGCUUCUUCCAGCCCAUGCGGCACGGGGCCUCGCUGGAGGUCGAGUACCAGGUUUUAGACGGAGCAGGAUUAGAUGUUGACUUUUACUUGGAAUCUCCAAAAGGUGAAAUCCUAAUUUUUCAUCAGAGAAAAUCAGAUGGAGUCCACACGGUGGAAACAGAAGAUGGAGAUUACAUGUUCUGCUUUGACAACACAUUCAGCACCAUUUCAGAGAAGGUGAUUUUCUUUGAAUUGAUCCUAGAUAAUAUGGGAGAAGAACAACAAGAGGACUGGAAGAAGUACAUUACAGGCACAGACUUGUUGGAUAUGAAACUUGAAGAUAUCCUGGAAUCCAUCAACAAUGUCAAAGCCAGGUUAAGCAAAAGCCUCCAGAUUCAGACGCUGCUCAGAGCAUUUGAAGCUCGUGAUCGAAAUAUACAAGAAAGCAACUUUGACACAGUGAAUUUCUGGUCCAUGGUCAACUUGGGAGUCAUGGUGGUGGUUUCAGCUGUUCAGGUUUACAUGCUGAAAAGUCUUUUUGAAGAUAAGAGGAAAAGUAGAACUUAACAGCUAGUGUGAUCAUAGCAAUAACUAGAGAGGAGGGGCAAAUGCAAUAAACUGCUACAGCAAAAGAGACUUGUUACCUUGCCACUUGUUUUGAAUAGACAUUAUAAUCAGGUUCUUGAUUCACAUGUGACUAACAUGAACAGAAUACCUUUCCCCCAUCCUUCCAUCUCUGCAAGCGUUACUAACAGUCUUACUGGUAUGUCUAUUUGUUGCAUUUGUAAUGACUCUUACUAGAUUAUGAAUAAUACACAGAAUGGUGUAUCAAAUGCAAGCCAAUGUUAAUACCUGCCAUAUAGUCAUCUUUUCAUGGUCACUUAAACCUUUCUAUGUCCGCCUAAAUAAUAAUUUGUUUUUUUACAAUUUUUUAAAUAAGCAUUGAGUAAAGUUACAGAUGUGCCAAAGGAUUGAGGCCCACCUAGGUAGGCUAUAGCUAUUGUCAGUUCUCUAUAAAUGUAUAAAAUUUCCUUGAGUCUUUAUUGUACAGCAUAAUACUGAAACACUGGGUUAACAUUUGUGAAGGGGUUAAAAUGAGGUUAUUUUUUCACUUUUUUAUAUACAUCUAUCUAUCUCAGCACUUUUAAAGAGACAGUUAAUGUGAAAUUUAGUCAAUUUAUAAACUAAUUAAAAGUAGCAUUAGGUACUAUACCUGUCCAAGUCCUUCUGCCAGUUGUUGUGAUUGUACAAUCCCAUUUUCCUGUUUAGGUAGUUGUUGCGGUGUGAAAGGUCCACUGGAAUAGUGGAAUUGACCACACAAAGUACAGUCAGAUGCACAAAAUAAAAUGGAAUUAUUUCAUCUUUAGUUAUUGUAAUCUUGGAUAUCAUAACAGAUACAUUCAGACAGAAGUGAGGUUUUUUUUUCAAAUGACUGUUCCUUUUGAUAGUUUUUAGGUAAAAUUGUUUGGAAACAUUAACUUGACAUUAAAUGUUUAUGUGCUUCCAAAAUCCUUUCUAUAUUACUAAUUUUGCUAAGAUGUUAUGCUCCUUGAGGUCAAGCAGGUUUAUGCCACAAUUUGUAGCAGUUCAUGAACUUCAGAGCUAAAGUUGUUCAGCUAAACCCUCCCCACAACAAAACCCCAACAAAUCUGUAGUCACAUAACUAUUUUCAUUCUCCUCCUAUGAGCUGGCCUAUUAAAUUACUGGGACUACUUGCAUAAAUAAAACAAAGUGGAGUUGGCCCUGAAUUUUGAGAUUUAUUUGCAGCAUGAACUGAUUAUGCAAGGUAAUGCUCAGUCAUAGAAGCAGUUUGCUAUCUUUCUCAAUAAAAAGGCAGAUAGCUUACAUCAAACCUACCAUUUCUUUCUGCUAAGGGAGUGGAAAAAUACAUGUCUCAUCUGUAUAUUUGUCUCCUUUUGUCAUAAACUGCACUCUAAAAUACUAAGGUUAAGUAUUUUGUAAUCAGCCUAGAUUCAAGCCAAGUGCCAAGUCAGUAGAAGUGCCCAUAGAAAUUGUAUUAGCUCUGAAAGUCCGUGUUAAGACUGCUAGGGCUGUACCACUGUUCACAUCAGCUGUCUUUAAAAAGAUUUAAAAAUUUGCUCUAGCCUAGCUAUAAGUGUACUUCCUGUGUUUGAACUUGGUGUUAAGAAUUGAAACACUACAACUAGACUGUCUGCUUUGUGAUCAUUUUUCAGUGCACCGACUCAUUAAAAUGCAGUCAUUGUGGCAUAGGUGCAUUGGUCAUUUUUCUCUAGCAGGGGCUAUCAUAUAUAGAGAUUACACUUCAGUUUCAAUUUCAGAUGUCUGAAUGAAGCUGAGCAAUAACCCUUUUAAAUUAUUGCUUUUAAGAAAAAAAUAUUUUAAAAGGUGCUGCUGACUAUUUGACUUCAGGGGCUGGUGGACCAGCCCUCUAUUAGUCUGGGAACAUAAUAUACACCUUUACCCCAAUGUAACACAAAUUUGGAUAUAACAUAGUAAAGCAGUGUUCUGGGGGGGGCUGAGCGCUCUGGCGGAUCAAAGCAAGUUUGAUAUAAUGUAGUUUCACCUAUAACACGGUAAGAUUUUUUGGCUCCUAAGGACAGCAUUAUAUUGAGGUAGAGGUGUAGUAAAAUCUCAUUCGAUGGGCAAGUUAGUGAUAGAAAGGUCUAAGGGAGGUGUCAAUUGAUCUGUAAAAAUUUGCAGAAUCAUAAUUUCACAUUGCUACCCUCCGUGGUGUGGCAGGGAGGAUUCAUUGUUUGUCCUCUCCCAGCUCCUCCGAUUGGUGGACAUUUUGAUCAGAGUGCCAUUAGAAAUGGGUCAAGUUGGGAAUCACACUUUACAGCAGUUGUGUGAAAUACUGUGCACUUCCAAAUCAAUCCUGCAGCUCAUCAAAUGCUUGUGUGCAAAGACCAGAUGCUCACCACCUGCAAAUGUUUGGCCAGCAGCCUGCCUUGUACAGAGAUGUGUGAGAGUGGCACAAACAAGGAUCAGUGUGACAUGUCUAGUAGUGCAGUUCUAGACUGAGACAACACUGAUGGUGACUGAUCUUUAGUAAUCCUAAGGAAUCUAGCCUUGACACUUAUAACUGAAAACAUUUAUUCCUCAAUCUCUUUACUUAAGCAGUGCAUCCCUCUGUUAAAGCAUAAUUUAAAAAACAUUGAUUUUUUAAAAACAUUUUCUCAACUGUAUAUCUACAUAAUUGUUCUAGGUUUGUCAUGUUGAUACCAUUGUGUUAGUGAGAGAAAGGGCUUUCAAACAAUACCCAACCUGUAAUCCAUUUCAAAUGACUUUGUAUUAUUAAAAUUUAGGGUGACUAGAUGAGAGGAAGAAAAUAUUGUGACACAUUGGGGGACAGGGGUCACCGGUGGAGCAAAAGAAAAAAACACAAAUGGAGUGCUGCCAGAGCAAAAAAAAAGUCUGGUCACCCUAUUAAAAUUCCACCAAGUGUGUGUUUUGUUUUGUUUUCUUUGGGGGGGAAUGUUACCGAGUCCCUCCUGCCAUGUUGCAGUGGGUGAUACCAUUGAACUUACGAGCCUGGAGAUUUUUACAAAUUGAAUUACACCAUCCUUACCUUCCUAUCAUUAACUUGUCUACAGAAUUACACAUGCUCCCAUAUGGUAUUGGAUACAUCUGUGGUUCUCACCCUUUCCAGACUACUAUACCCCUGAAGCCCAAGCCCUGCCACCCAGGGCUGAAACAUGUAACUUUGCUGUGUGAGGCCCUGGGCAAUUGCCCUGCUUGCCACCCCUUAACGCCAGCCCUGCACUUGCAACUCCCCUAACCUAUGCCAUGACCCCAGGUUGAGAAACUGAUGUAGAUGAGCUAAUGUAUCCCCAGAAGAUCUCUGCGUACUCCCAGGGGUACAUGGAUCCCUGGUUGGGAACCAUGGGAUACAUCAUUCUUCUGGGUAGAACUCCCUUCAGAACAAGUUACCACCGCUCCCUUAAUUGAUGAGUGGGGCAGUGGUGAGCAGCAUGGGGUAUUCCAUUUCUCCAGGGACUCAAUGCCCUCUACCUAAAGUAGUUGCAGAGCAGGGAACAAGAUCUAUAGGCCCGAUCCAAAGCUCAUUGAAGGCAUUCAGUGGAAUGGCUCCUGCUGACUUCAGUAGGCUUUGGCUCAGGCUUUUUUGAGUACAGGCAGACCCACAUUCCUAGAGCUCUGUCCUUUUACUAGAUGACAGAAGUGAUGCCACCUUAAAUGUAAUACCACAGAUGUGAUGCUGUACCACAGCUGUGAAAUGCUGCAUUCUUUCCCUGAAGCUCUGACUAAAAAGUCUACCUCUGAUGUUAGGCUACUGUAUUCUAGCUCUUAGCUCGGUUAUUAGAACAACCCUUACUAUUGUAACUUCUCCACAACAAAAUCCUCAUCUCAUAACAAGUUUUAAACAAUAUACUAUAGAUGCAGCUGUAUGAGAUUGUCAACUGAAAAAUAUUUAAUCAGUGGCCAUCAUAGGUGAAGGACAUGGUGUUCAAACUUAGAUACAAUAAAUGACGUUUUAAGUGGGAUGUUGGAGUAAAUUGUUCUUGUGUUUUGUAUAAACAGUACAAAUUAAAUAUUAACUGAAAUAAGGAAAACAAAUGUAGUGUGUAAGAUGAACUGUUUUUACUCUGUGCUAAGUAAUAAAAUGGUUAAGGUCUGUGGAUGUUGAAUAAAAUUAUAUGCCAGAUUUUUACAAUAAAUAAGAAGGCUAAA